GUGUUAUCUGAUUGGUUCUCUUAGUUCUGCGCGCCCUUGAUGUUGAAAUAUUUCUCAUCUUUACGCGCAUCUGGGCGCGCGUCUCCGUGAGUGACAGACGCACUGAGAACGGCACGACUGACGGACAGACAGCAUCGGCGGGGAUCAUGAGCUCUCCGGGUCUUUUCGUCGGUUUACGGAGCAACUGGGUCGCCGAUGUGAACGGGAUUCGGUAAUAAUAACCCAUCGCUCCUCGCACCUACGCAGAAUAAACUGCGUCCCCUGGUCUAAGAAAUCACGCACAUUAGCCGAUCCCGAAAUCUGGCAUUUAUUCCCGGGAAGUGAGAGCGCACGGCGUCCCGGUUCCGCCAUGGUUCGGUGUGACCCGCGCGUCUGAUGAGUCGGUUCGCACCAGCAGCAUGUCCUCGCGGAAGAUCUCCUCCGAAUCCUUCAGCUCAAUGGGCUCGGAUUAUUUGGAGAGCCCGGGUGAGGAUGGAGAGUGUCCGUUCUCGCGCGUCUUCUGGAACGGCAAGAGCCCCGUGGAGACGCUCUCAGGUCCGUUCGAGGACGCGGCCGUCAGCAGGAGGGUCGCGCGGCGUAAGCGCGUCAAUCUGGACUCGCUCGGGGAGAGUUUGAGACGACUCACCUCACCCACGAGUCAGACGAUUCAGUUGGCGAUGCAGAGAACAGCCGAGUAUUACAGACAGAGAGACAUCAGUGGGCAGGAGUUUGUGAGAAGCUUGUCAGAAGAGCAGAAAUGUUUGUUUGAUAACUCGCGCUGUGACGCGCAGUCCGACAUCUCAGGAAUACUGAAGUACACAGCAACUAUUUUAGGUGCGGACUUUGCAGCCGUACGAGUCCGUUUCGGAGAGGAAUUCUUUGGUUUGUGUCUGGAGGAGAACGAGAGGGUUCUGCGAGCUCUCGGAGGGAACCUACAAGAUUUCUUCAACGGUUUCGACGCUCUUCUAGAGCACAUCAGAACCUCCUGUGGUCGAAGAGCUUCAUCAGACGCUCCCUCUUUCCUAUGCAAAGAUGCUCCUCAGGAGAACCAAGAGAGAGAUGAGGAGACGGGUGGAGGACGGACUCUUCUCCUCCACUGUUUCAACCCCGACCCCACCGUUGGCGUGGCCAUGCCGGGGUUGAUCCGAGCCGCCGCUCGGCGUAUCUACCAAUCGGACGUUACGGUCGAGGAAGCUCCUCCCACUUGGCUGCACGCAGUCAAUGAGGACGGAGAGCUUUCGGCAGACUCCACCCCCUCUUCAUCUCCAUCUCCACCCUCUUCUUCAUCUCCCGCUUGUUUGUCCUUCCUCAUCCGAGAGGUCCGGACACGACGCGCGUCUUUAUCCGCCAGGUCCCGACAGCUGUCCCGUUCGCCGCUGGAUUUGCGGAUCGGCCUGAGCACGUUUUGCCGGGCCUUUCCGUUCCACCUGGUGCUGGGACCCAACAUGGACGUUCUACAGGUCGGGGAGGGCCUCAGAAAACAGACCAAGAGUGAUCCACACCGAACUCUUACCUUCAGUAACAGCUUUGAGCUGGUGUCCCCCAGAAUUCCUUGCACCUUUCAGAACAUUCUGCUAAGGCUGUCCACGCCGUUCACCAUUCGUACACGGCCGGACGGGUCGGCCCUUGACAGUAAGGAGAAGGCGAUGGAGCUCAAAGGUCAGAUGCUUCACCUACCUGAAUCCAACUCCAUCAUGUUCCUGGGCUCUCCGCGUGUUGAUAGGCUGGAGGAGCUCAUGGGGCGGGGCUUACAUCUCUCUGACAUCCCCAUUCAUGAUGCAACACGUGAUGUCAUCCUGGUUGGUGAACAGGCCAAAGCUCAGGACGGGCUGAAGAAACGUAUGGACAAGAUCAAAGCCACGCUGGAGAAAACCCAUCAGGCUUUAGAGGAGGAGAAGAGGAGAACAGUUGACCUGCUUUACUCCAUCUUCCCCGGUGAUGUGGCUCAGAGACUGUGGCAGGGGCUUCCUGUUCAAGCCAAGAAGUUUGAUGAUGUCACCAUGUUGUUCUCUGACAUCGUGGGCUUCACGGCUGUGUGUGCGCAGUGCACGCCCAUGCAGGUCAUCAGCAUGCUGAACGAACUCUACACGCGCUUCGACUACCAGUGUGGUAUACUGGACGUCUAUAAGAUUGAAACUAUAGGUGAUGCGUACUGCGUAGCGGGUGGGCUUCACAGGAAGAUUGACAGCCAUGCCAAGCCAAUCGCGCUCAUGGCUCUGAAGAUGAUUGAGCUGUCAGAGGAAGUAAUGACGCCAGAUGGAAAGCCAAUCAAAUUGAGGAUUGGAAUCCACUCGGGUUCAGUGCUUGCCGGCGUCGUGGGUGUGAAGAUGCCUCGAUAUUGUCUGUUUGGAAACAACGUCACGCUGGCCAGCAAGUUUGAGUCGGGCAGUCACCCGCGCUGCAUCAACGUCAGUCCGACAACAUACCAACUCCUGCGUGACGACCGCUCCUUCACCUUCAUUCCUCGCUCCAGACAGGAUCUGCCCGACAACUUUCCUAAAGAAAUCCCUGGAGUCUGCUAUUUCCUGGAGGCGGGGAGAGCCCAGAGCCACGCCUCUCUCACCAGCACUCGCUCCGCCCCUGUCCGGAAAGUGUCCUAUAACAUCGGGACCAUGUUCCUUCGGGAGACUAGCCUCUGAGAUGGCAUCGUCCACUCGCGAUAACAUCACGUCCUGUAGACUAGUGUUGCCUAUGGCAACUAGUUGCCCCGCCUCUCGAACGAACUUUAGUGCCGCUCUGACACAGAAGACGGAGAGGACGGCUCAUGCUUUGGCCCCGCCCCUUUUACGGAGCCAAUUCUGAAGAGACAAUAAAAACAAAUAUAUAUGUAGAUAUAUAUUUAAAAUAAAGCCUUUUGCUCAUUUAAUAUUACUCUAGUGCAGACAUAUAAGUACUACACACAAACACGCGUCUUUAUUUGCAGCAUUGCAGGUUAUAGAAUUUACAUUGCAUAACUUGUGCCUUUACCCUUCGAAUACACAUACAAAUAUACACGCAGCUUCAAAAACACUCAUUUAUAUCUACUAACAUACUCACACAGCCAUUAUUACUGUUAGACAUGUUGUGUGUGUGUGCGUGCGUGAAUGCGGUGAGGUCACAGGACGGUCCGUAAUAACGUCAUUUCCGUCACAUCUGAAUAAAUCGAGAUCAAAUGAACCCAUGAUGUGAUGUCAUGUUAUCAGGAUGCCAAUAAAAUCCAUUCAUGCAAGUUUAA